CGUGAGCGAGGACGUGCGCAGCGACUUCCAGCGCCGAGUGCCUUACAAUUACCUGCAGCGGGCCUACGUGAAGCUGAACCAGCUGGAAAAAGCAGUGGAAGCAGCGCACACCUUUUUCCUGGCCAACCCUGAGCACAUGGAAAUGCAGCAGAACCUCGAGAAUUACAGAAUGAUGACUGGGGUCGAAGAGUUCCAGCUUGUAGAUCGAGAAGCUAAGCCACACCUGGAGAGUUAUAGUGCAGGAGUUAAACAUUAUGAGGCAGAUGACUUUGAACUGGCCAUCAAGUACUUUGAACAAGCUUUAAGGGAAUAUUUCAUUGAAGAUAUGGACUGCCGAGCUCUGUGUGAGGGACCUCAGAGAUUUGAAGAGUAUGAUUAUUUAGUGUAUAAAGCCGGCCUCUAUGAAGCCAUUGCUGUUGGUGAAUAUACAAAAGCUCUGGAGUGUGCCAAGGCCUAUCUUCUACUCCAUCCAGAUGACGACGAUGUCUUAGACAACGUGGAUUACUAUAAGAGUCUGUUGGAUGACAGUAUGGACCUAGAAUCCAUUGAGGCCAGAGAGGAUUUAGUUAUGUUUGUGAAGCGUCAUAAAAUGGAAUCUGAUCUAAUAAAAUCAGCCGCAGAGGGUCUGGGAUUUUCAUACACUGAACCGAAUUAUUGGAUCAGAUAUGGAGGACGACAAGAUGAGAAUCGUGUGCCUUCAGGUGUGAAUGCGGAUGAGGCAGAAGUUCAUGGAUUGUCAAUGGGAAAGAAGACAUCGCCCAAGACAGAACAAGACCUGAGAGAAGGUGGCCCUCUGCUGUAUGAGAACAUCACAUUUGUCUAUAAUUCAGAGCAGCUGAACGGGACGCAGCGGGUUCUCCUGGAUAACGUCUUAUCAGAAGAACAGUGCCGGGAGCUCCACAGCGUGGCCAGUGGAAUCAUGCUUGUUGGUGAUGGUUACAGAGGAAAAACUUCACCACAUACUCCUAAUGAAAAGUUCGAAGGCGCCACUGUCCUGAAAGCACUCAAGUUUGGUUAUGAAGGCCGAGUCCCACUGAAGAGUGCCCGGCUCUUUUACGACAUCAGCGAGAAGGCUCGGAAAAUUGUAGAAUCCUAUUUCAUGCUGAACUCCACCCUCUACUUCUCCUAUACGCACCUGGUCUGCCGAACAGCCCUAUCCGGUCAACAAGAUAGAAGAAAUGACCUCAGCCACCCCAUUCAUGCGGACAACUGCCUGCUGGACCCCGAGGCCAAUGAAUGCUGGAAGGAGCCUCCGGCUUACACAUUCCGGGAUUACAGUGCCCUUCUGUACAUGAAUGACGAUUUUGAUGGCGGGGAAUUCAUAUUCACUGAGAUGGAUGCUAAGACUGUGACUGCCUCUAUAAAACCAAAGUGCGGACGUAUGGUCAGCUUUUCAUCAGGAGGAGAGAACCCACAUGGAGUGAAGGCGGUCACCAGGGGCCAGAGGUGUGCUGUGGCUCUGUGGUUUACCCUGGACCCACUUUACAGGGAAUUGGAGCGAAUUCAGGCUGAUGAAGUGAUUGCAGUCCUGGACCAAGAACAGCAAGGAAAACAUGAGCUCAAUAUCAACCCCAAAGAUGAGCUAUGAAACUGAGAAAGAAUGUUCCCUCAAAUAUUUAUUUAAAUUGUUAAUCUUAUGAGAACCUCUUUAUUUUUGUACAGAGCUGUGGUAUAAGUUAACAGGUUAAUAUGAGUCCCCAGAUCUCCCUUCUGUUCCUGAGGGUGGGUGCUUUGCCUCACUCUAUCUUUCUUUAUUGGAUUCUCAUCAGUUCAUCUCUCAGAGCCCAAUCACCAUCUCCCACCCCUACCACCCACAAUUCAUUUGCCAUGGAUUUAAAAGCUGGAGCAGGAAAAACAUAUGUUCCUGGUGAGGCUCCUAUCCUUAUAUAUGUACAAGUUCUAAAAUUGGUGUGUGAUUUUUUUCUCUGACUUUUCUGCCUUUCUGCCUUUACGUCACAUCCUCUCACUGUGCUGACAGCCACGGGCUCUUACUGUCCUGCGUCAGCUCAGCCUUGACCCCGGAGAUCCCCUGGCAGGGUCAGGGCGUCAAACUGCUUCAGACUGGUGCAAUCAGAUCUGAUGAGGUGCUACCAGAACAAACCCAAACUUUACGAAUUGGGGUGAAGUGGAAUGGUUACCAGAAUAGGAAGACUUCUGGGUUGAAACUCUGGAAUGGGAGGCUUGGAAGAGGUGCACUGAGUGAGCCUUGCAGGAGCCUCAGGGGGAAGGACAGUGAAGUGUGAUCCACAUGGUCAUCUGCCGCCUUUGAGCGGGAGGUCAGGCCUUCUGACUCUGCUAGUCAUGAGAUUAGUUGCUAUGCAACGCACAUGCUGUCCUUGUUUUCUAAGAGGGAGAUUAAAUUUAUAGCAGGGUGUCAACCCUAAUGUUUCCUGUUCCAUUUAUCAUUCUAGUUCCCCACAUCUUACAAAUUUGGGUCCCUUCUGGUUUUGCUUCGCCAGCAUUUACUGAAUCGGGAAGAAACUCGUUCAAAGUCCUGGUGAGACUGUGCGCUGCCUCCGUUACCACUGGUCCAAGGGUCUUCUGGGCGCUGAGAAGGAGCCGCUCUGAGGAGGACUGGGCAAGAGAGAGGGCCGCCAGCUUUUCCAGGACCUUGGCGGAGUUGCUGGCCCUGCUAUUUUCACUAGAGAACACACUUAGCCUGGGAACAUGAGCCCCCCAUCCACCGUGCUCUGGAGAGAUAGCCCUAUGAACUGUCUUUAAAAAUCUCAUCAGUGUACCCCACUAACACCCUCAACCCCACCUGGUUCAGGACACCAUUGCCAGGGUUCCUGAGAGAGGGAUCCACUGAUGAGAAGGGAUAUUUAAGAGAAAUUGAUUUCUGAUGGGCUGCGAUCUUCUCUUCAUCUGCACAUGGUUAGGUACCCCUCCUCUUUGCUUCUGUCUAGUGCUUCCAUAUGUGCUUGUGGCCUGUCUGUCUAAUAAAGAGAGCCUAUUUUAA